ACAGAAUUGCUGCAUAUUGAAUUGAAGAACUGUAACAUUAAAAACCAUCAAAAUGUCAGAGAAGAAUCCCUUACGUUACACCAGCAUAAAGGACCUAUUACAAGUAGCCACAAUUAAGUACAAAGGAAAAAGGCCGUCUGAUGUUUAUAAAAGAUUACCAGAAAUGUAUAAUCUGGCAGAGAAUGCCAGAUUACGAGGAGAUGAGGAGGACCAGUAUAUUUUGUUAAGGAGAUGGAUGAAUAGUAUUGAUUGGUUGAAAAGUACACCGGAAUAUAAAGAAGACAAGAUACUCUCCUUAACAAAUAUGCGCGUCAAUCAGAUCAAUGAAGUAAAAAAAGUACUUGCAGACUUAAAUCGAAGGUUAGAUGUAAGGUACAAUCUAAAGUUGAAAGAAAAAGUGUUGCCAAAGGGUAAUGGCACAGAGAAAAUGGAUAUAGAUAAUGAUUCAGGACGGGACACCCAUAUGACUCCUGUUGAUGGUCCUAUAAAAUUGCCAGAGACACCGACCAAAGAUCCAUUGGUUAAUGAUAAUGAAGAAAUUAUAAACUGUGAUCAGUUGUUUCAUUUAAUACAAAAAGUAGAUAGUAGAUACUUGAUCAUUGACAUUAGGGCUAAAUUAGAAUUUGAAGCAUCAAGAAUAUUAUCUAACAAAUCUGUUAACAUUCCGAAUAACAAAAUAAAACCUGGAGCAUUAACAUCGCAUUUUGAACAAUACUUACGCAAAGACAAGAAAUCUUUAGACCUAUUUAGACACAGGGGAUCACAAUAUGUAGAUGUGAUAAUUUUACUCGAUUGGGAUACGUCGAGUAAAACAUUGUCAUCAGAUAAUCAUUUAAACAUAUUGAGGAAAAUUUUAGAAGAUUGGGACCCUGGAAUAAAGUAUAAACGAAUCACAAUUUUGGACGGUGGUUACGCUGAAUGGAUAACUCGUUAUCCAGCAUAUACCACAAAUCCUAAUAUUGCAGUACCUGCUUCAAACAACGUUGCAAACGAAAUGUUGGAUAACAUAGAGUAUCCCGAAUGGAUACAUAUGGACGAAGAAGAGAACAUUAUUAAAUCGCGUGGAACUAAAUCCAUCAACCUGAAGUCUGUAAUUAAAGAGGAAACCACGUCGAAGAUUAAAAUCACAAACGAUAAACUGUGGUACAAACAUUUGGACACGGAAGAAAGUAACAACAUUUCCAUGCUGUCCAACAAUUCCACGAGUACUUCUGUCGAAGCAAAUAAGGUCUCAAAAGUUAAUUCAAGUUUGCGAUCAUUCGAUGUUGAUUCGUCGAAACUUCAAGAGAAGAAAACUAUGACCAUCAUUAAAAAGAAUGAUGUACUAACGAAACCGACUGUCGAUAGAAGCAAGAAACCAGUUUCCUUAGACACGUCGGAAUCAAAAGCAGUUUUGAAGCUAAUGAGACAGCUGAAUGAAAUAGCAAAGAAUAAACAGGAGUUGGAGCAAGAAAUUUUAGAACAGGAACGCACUUUGUAUAUGCAACAUAGUAUUAAGUAUAAAGGCUCGGACGAUGAGGAUGAUAUUCGUGAUAUCGUGAAGUCUUUGUGUACGAAAUUGGAAGAGAAGCAAACAGAGUAUAAGAUAAUCGAAGAUGAACUGACGAAGUAUUAUACGAAAAUGGAAACCGUGAAAUUCAAUUCUGGUGAAGAAAUUGAGUUUAUGUUCAAUUGAAUAAUAAAUUAUAUAUAUUUUACCAACAGGAAGUCUACGAAAACUAGUUACAAAGAAUUAUCGGCGAAAGAGAACGAAAAUAACAUUCAUAAGGAACCUCUGAAAGUUGACAGUGGUUCAUCGAUCGGUGGUAAUUUGGAACGUUCGUACUCCAGCCCAAAUUUACUGCAGUUAAUCGAUCAUAAGGCACCACAAGUGGACAGAAGCUCGAAACCACAAACACCGUUGUACAAUCAAAAUGGAACUUAUGGUGAUAAUAAAAUGUCCCAUCUCAGUUGGGCAAAUCGCGAGGAACGAAUGACACCUGUUCAUGGAAGUGUUCAUCCAGGAAUUACAGGGUUAAAGAACUUGGGCAACUCGUGUUACAUGAAUAGUAUUAUACAGUGUUUAAGUAACACCACGCAUCUAGCAAAGUAUUUUAUGGACAAUUUGUACGCCGAUGAUCUUAACACGAAUAACGAUAACAAUACACAAGGGCAGGUCGUAGAAGAAGUAGCGCAAGUGAUUAAAGCACUCUGGAGAGGACAAUAUAAGAGCAUAUCUCCACACGAUCUUAAAAUUGCAGUAGGCCAGUACAAAUUGCAGUUUGAAAGCUAUGAACAACAGGACUCUCACGAAUUUCUCACUUUUCUCUUAGACUGGAUGCAUAAUGAUCUAAAGAAGAAUUGUAAAGUACCAUUGGAAAUGACAGUAGCUGAGAAAGCCUGGGACAAAGCCAUGGGGUCACAGAGAUCCAUAAUAUCCGAUCUGUUCUUUGGUCAGCUGAGAUCCACCAUAACGUGUAGCUUUUGCAAACAAAGCAGCACCACAUACGAAAUUUUCAACAGCCUGACGAUGUCCUUACCUCACUCUAACCGAUGCACAUUAAACGAUUGUAUUAUAAAAUUCGUGAGCGGGCAAAAAGUGGUAGGCUGGAAGUGUCCCAAGUGUCAGACAGCACGCGAGGCGACGAAGAAGUUCGACUUCGUCAAAUUGGCGCCAAUAAUAGUGAUACAUUUGAACCGUUUCGCUGAAAGUGGUGGAUGGCUCGAGAAGAGAAACACAGCUGUUGAUUUUCCUCUUACAGAUUUUAAUUUGAAACCGCAUCUGGUGACAGAUAGUAACAGUGCGACAAUUUCGAAUAUUCGCAACUAUAGUUACAGUUUGUACGCGAUGUCCAAUCAUUACGGAACCAUGGGAGGCGGACAUUACACGUCGUUCUGUAAAAACGCCGCGCAAAAUAAAUGGUAUAAAUACGACGACCAAACGGUUACGGAAGUGACGAUAAAUCAAGUAAGGUCUCAGAAUACCACUGCCUAUCUGUUAUUUUAUACAUCAUUUUCGAGCAACAUUAUUUAGUAUUAACACAAAGGGCCAAGAAUGGCUGACGUAUUACUUAAAUAGUCAUGAGUGUUCUGUGACGAUGUAGAUAAUUGAAUAUUUUUUGUAUGUACGUGUAUGAAAUAUAUUAUUAAUUAUGCGGACGCCACGCAUAAGAUCACGACAGCAUUAAGGGCUUCAUUGGUGCUGGGAUAUACUCUAAAAAAAAAUAUGUAAAUAAAAUAACAUUAAGUCGGAAUUGUUAUUUCGGUACCAUAUUGGAAUUACAUCGCGCAGUAGAGAGAGAGAGAGAGAGAGAGAGAGAGAGAGAGAUUAGUA